GUUCUUCGAGCAGGUGUGCGUCUACUGCGGCAACUUCGCCGACCUGAUCCCGGUGUCGUUCGUGCUUGGGUUCUACGUGUCGGUGGUGGUCAAGCGGUGGUGGGACUGCUUCUCCGCCAUCCCGUGGCCCGACUCGCUAGCUUUCUUCGUCAGCACCUUCUUGCACGGACAGGAUGAACGUGGUCGGCUGAUGCGUCGCACCAUCAUGCGCUACGCCAACCUGUCUUCCAUCAUCACCCUGCGCUGCAUCAGCCCACCCGUCAAGAAGCGCUUCCCCACGUUGGACCACCUCGUCGACGCCG